AUGGACGGCAGCUCCGACUUCAUGAGGAGUUUCAAACCUCCCCCUUUCGUCCCGCCAGAGGAUGCAGAGACAUUCAAAGACAUCCAAUACUCCUCCCAUGGCCAUGUCCGUCAGAAAUUAGAUCUCUAUCUCCCCAAGCCCGGAACUCGGGGCCAAAGCCUCCUGCCCCUCAUUGUUUACAUGCAUGGUGGCGCAUUCAUGUUUGGUUCGAAAGAGUCACCUUGGAUGCCGUCCCGCCUCAUCUCCAAGGGUUACGCUAUCGCCAGCCUCGACUAUCGCCUCAGCGGAGACGCCAUCUUCCCCGCCGCUGUGGAGGACUGCAAAGCGGCUGUCAGGUGGCUGCGCGCCCACGCGACGGAGUACCAACUCAACCCUGACCGUUUCAUCGCCUUUGGAGAAUCCGCGGGUGCGCACCAUGCCUCGUUUCUCGGGGUCACCUCGCCCACUGGCGUGGGCGACGAGUUCGAUAUUGGUGAUUACUUGGACAAGUCGAGUGCUGUUCAAGGCGUUGUUGAUUAUUAUGGCCCUUCAGACUUCCUGCAGAUGGAUGCACAUGCCCCGAAAGAUGGUGUUAACUGCCAGAAACAUGACCCACCUGGAAGUCCGGAAUCCAGAUACGUUGGUGCACCAGAAGGGCUUCAGUUGGUCCCGGAGAAGUCGGUGCGGGCAAAUCCUAUUACUUAUCUUUCAACAGGCAAGGUCGUGCCACCUUUUUUUAUUUCGCACGGCGUCAAUGAUCACGUCGUUCCAUUCCAUCAGUCAGUCUUGCUUGAUGAGGCUUUGAGGAAUGCGAGUGUGCGGGUGACUUUUCAUCCCGUGGAAGGCGUGGAUCACGUGUUUCAUGGAAUCUCUCCAGAGCAAACCGGCGAGUUGGACAAGAAAACGGACGAGUUCCUUGCUUCUAUUCCGUAA